GCGCGUAUGCUCAAGAACAAGUCCUCCUUCCUUUCUUCUUCCCAUCUCUCGUCUUCUUCUUCUUCUUCUCGGCUUCCGAUUUCCCCCCUUCCCCUGUUAGCUAGCUUUCUCUCUCUCUCACAGAGACUCUCACUGAUGGCGAUUGCACACUAUUUUCGAAAAGGGUUCACUGCUAAAAGUUUUCACAUGGAAGAGAUUGAGUUAGAUACUGACUGGGAAGAUGUAGUGUGUCCAAUUUGUUUGGAUUUCCCUCAUAACUCUGUGCUCCUCCAAUGUUCAUCAUAUCACAAGGGUUGCAGGCCAUUUGUAUGUGACACUGACCACUUGCAUUCCAAUUGUUUGGACCGCUUCAAGAGUGCAUGUGGUAUGUCACCUCCUUCAGCAGACUCUGACAAGCCAUCAUCAGAAGCAGAUGAAGAUGUCAAACUGGCUUGUCCCUUGUGUAGAGGGGAAGUUACUGGCUGGAUUGUUGUCCAGAAAGCUCGAUUGCUUUUGGAUGAGAAGAAACGGUGUUGUGAGGAACAUCGAUGUGGGUUUUCAGGUGCGUAUUUGGAACUUCAGCAACAUGCCAAACUAGAGCACCCACAUGCUCGUCCUUCUAAAAUCGACCCUGCUCGCCAGCUGGACUGGGAUAAUUUCCAGCAGUCAUCUGAGAUCAUAGAUGUUUUGAGCACCAUACAUUCGGAAGUGCCACGUGGAGUGGUUUUGGGAGACUAUGUGAUUGAGUAUGGGGAUGAUGACAAUACUGGAGAUGAGUUUGAUGACUUUCGUGGGGAUGAAGGCAACUGGUGGACGUCCUGCAUCUUCUAUAAGGUCUUUGACAAUUUCAGAAACUCAAGGAACAGAAGAAGAUCUAGAGUAGCCGAUACCAGAAGGGGGAGCCGCCGAUCGAGUUAUGACACUUCGAACUCAGAUGAGGGUUCUGUUGUGUCUGUUGACUUUGCAGAGUAUAGAUUAGAUGAGAUGGAUGAUGAAUUUCCAAGUGCAAGCAGGGGCCAUUCUACUCAUCGCAGGUCAGAUUAA